CAUAAAAACUUACAUACUAUAGCAUCGCCCCAAAUGCCCCAGUUUGAGGUGGGGAUAAAUUAUUUUGUAAUGAUUUACAGCAGAAGGAUGCAGUGUUCAGGAAACAUGUUGGAAAACUAUGACGGUGUCAGAAAUUGGGUACUAUAUUGAAUGCGAUUGACUGUUCUAUAUACAGCAUUAGAGUAUUUGGGACACACUAUGAGUGUGACUCAUAUUUUCAUUUACGGUGUAGUAACAACAACCGCAUAAUAAUUUACUCAGAUGUUAUAAUACAAUUUAACCGGAUACAUUUCUUUGUACAAAAAUUUCUAUCGUACACUCGCUAUAUCACUUACACUUGAAAAUAACCGUAUGGUUAACAAUUUUACAGGAUUUUUAAUCUAUAACAUUUUUCAACAUUUGGCCACCCCUCCUUUCUAUGCAUACUGAAAAAUCUUGGCUGAAGAAGUGGACCAUCCGGGUAUAUUUGACACAUUGUUUUUGCAUACCGAGAACAUACUAAUUUCGCUUACUAUAUAGUAUGAAAGUAGGCCAUUUCAUGCACAUGAUUAGUUUAGCAGUUUUGUGUCACAGUGGCACAGAAAUGAUACACAUUUUAAUUAUGAAAAAGUUCUGAUAAGUUUUUUUUUUCUUGUUGACCCUGAAUUUGUUCUCAAUCAGUUGCUGAUAAUACAGUAAUACAAAUGGGGAUUCAUUAUUUUCCAAGAAAACAAAAUUAAAAAUUAACACUUUUUAGUUGCUUCUGGGCCGAUGUCAAUUAACACCCGUCCCCCAAAGUCAAAGUUUACGCAUGGCAAGAUCGGGCAUGACAGUUGCUGCAGAGUCCAUGCGCAAAGCUGGCACUACAUCAUCUAACUAUUCUUGCGUAGUCCAUGCACAACAUGUACAGGCAGACUUUUCUUAAGUGCUGUAGUUUCUCUGAGUGUGCGCUGCGCGUCGGACGCACGUCCCAGUUUUGGCACUGAGGAUACAGUGUGUAGGAACCCAGCGCGUCCUCCACUCUCCUCUAACCUCUCCACAGCGAGACGCACGACUCCAAAGGAUGCUUCACCAUAUGUUUCUCUCAACCGCUGAGUUUGGGUUUUGGAUGUAGGCGAUCCAUCGGGCGCACACAGAGUUCUGGAUUUAGAUGCUUGGCUGGCGGUAAGAAGACAUUGCGGGUGAUGGUAAAGCGCGUCUUGCGCGCUGCCUCUCGUUUCCUCGAUCUUUCCUCGGGACAGGGCAUUUGGCGAAGGGAAAUGUGAAGAACGCUUAAAGAAUGGCAUGUCAACAUGGUUUCUGCCAAGAAGGAGAUGGUGACUGCGAUGUACCCCACUUCUAUUUCCACUCUCCUCUACUUUCUCUGUGUGGCGGCUUGCAUAAAGAGAAUAUCUGGACAGAUCAAAAAGGAUGAGAAAUUAUACCCAGCAAAUUUCACGCGCAUUCUUGACCGACUCCUGGAUGGAUACGACAACCGACUCCGACCUGGAUUUGGGGGUCCAGUGACAGAAGUGAAGACAGAUAUUUACGUUACGAGUUUUGGCCCCGUGUCCGACGUUGAAAUGGAGUACACCAUGGACGUGUUUUUUCGCCAGACGUGGGUCGACAGGCGUUUACAGUACGAAGGUCCUGUGGAGAUACUCCGGCUAAAUAACCUCAUGGUGACCAAAGUCUGGACCCCUGACACCUUCUUCAGGAACGGAAAAAGAUCUGUGGCUCAUAACAUGACGGCACCUAACCGGCUUUUCCGAAUCAUGAAGAACGGAACGAUCCUUUACACAAUGAGGUUGACAAUAAGUGCAGAAUGCCCCAUGAGGUUGGUUGACUUCCCGAUGGAUGGCCACUCCUGCCCGCUGAAAUUCGGCAGCUAUGCCUAUCCAAUGACUGAGAUGAUCUACACCUGGACCAAAGGUCCACAGCAUUCUGUGGAGGUUCCACCCGAGUCAUCCAGCUUGGUUCAAUACGAUCUGAUCGGACAGACUGUGUCGAGUGAAACCGUAAAAUCCAUCACAGGUGAAUAUGUUGUGAUGACGGUCUACUUCCACUUGAAACGAAAGAUGGGCUACUUCAUGAUUCAGACGUACAUCCCCUGCAUCAUGACUGUAAUCCUUUCCCAAGUGUCUUUCUGGAUAAAUAAGGAAUCCGUGCCCGCCAGAACUGUCUUUGGAAUCACCACCGUCCUCACCAUGACGACCCUCAGCAUCAGCGCACGCCACUCUCUGCCCAAAGUCUCGUACGCCACGGCCAUGGAUUGGUUCAUCGCUGUGUGUUUCGCGUUUGUGUUCUCGGCCCUUAUAGAGUUCGCCGCUGUGAACUAUUUCACCAACGCACAGAUGGAGAGAGCAAAGAGAAAGCAGGCCAAAGCUGCUGCUGCGGCUAACGCUAAAAGUUCAGGGAAAGCCAAAGAGACAGAUGAAGUUGUACAGCAGCCAAAUUCAGACACAAACGGAAACCUACGAAAACGCGUGAACUCACAGCCUGAGGGCAAAAAAGGCCAAAGGACCGAAGCAUCCAGCAAGAGCGGAACAGCGUCAUCCAAACCGACCCUGACCAGCCAAUCAUCUUCCACCUCAGAGGGUGCCAGCAGUUUCUCCAGCCAAUCACGUCUCAGCCCCAGUUCCGCCGGUCAAUCAAACACAGCAACUUUAUCCGCACCCUCCAAGACCACACCCCCAGCUCCGCCUUCAACGCCGACAGUUCCCGACAACCCAUCGUCUGGCACGGCUCCCGGCGCAGCCACUCUUCACCAUCUUCUCGGGCCUAAACUAGAGAACAUUAAAAAGAAGGAAGUCAAAGCCCCGCCCCCCACACAACCCCCGCCUCCUGCUACCGGAGGAGCGAGCAAGAUCGACGAAUAUGCCCGAAUUUUAUUCCCAGUAUCCUUUGGGGCAUUCAACAUGGUGUACUGGGUGGUUUACUUAUCCAGGGACACCAUGGUGGCCAAAGGAGGCUAACGUGGGCACGUUGUUUGUACUGUUUUUCUACAGCUCGCUGAAGAAACAAAAGAUUCCUCUAAGGAUUAAAUCAGCCAUUGUUCUAAGCAGUUCCCAGAAAUGAAAUUAUAUUAUGGCAAAAAAAAAAAAAAACUGGACAGACAAUAAGCGCCUCAUGAGAUUAUGGGUGAUGUAAAAUCCAAACCUUUUUCCUUGAUUGUCAAAACGGGACCAUACACAAGAUUAAGCAUGUGGAUAUAUAAGUUAAAAUAAGUCAUUUAAAAAGCAAUCUCACGGGAAUGAAUCAUAGGUGUGUCUGUUUAAAUAGCCAUAUUUCUGGUCUGACCUAUUUAUCGCCGGACAAAGUGAAACGGGAACGUUUAGUAAAUCAAUGCCAGGGCCAUUUAGUCUAUUUUUAUAUAGAGACACUUUUCAUUCAUUCAGAGAACCGCUAUGGAUAAGUUUUCUGAAACAUCACAAAUAUGAACUCACCCUGUGGACGAAGAAUAAAUGCUCUUCAGACGUUGUGACACAAUCUCGCUCAUUUUAAACAACAUCUGACAUCUAUCCUGCGUUCUCAUUUGGAGAGAACCGGCCUUUAGAAGAUUGAUUGACGUAAACACGUAUGCAUGAAGAAUUUUCUUAUAAGUCGUAAAGCACAAGUAAUGAUUUACUCUCUGUUUUUUGAAGUUUAACAGCUUGUUUUUUAGUUUUUAAUUUCAUUUUGAUUUGUUUCAUGUAAUAGAUUAUACAUUCUGCUAUUAAGAAGGCUUGACAUGGGGAAGACGUUGAACUGUAUGAAACGCACAGUAAGUGUGUACGGGACCCUGGAGACUGCUGUCGUGGCAACCGCGCAGGGUCCAGAUGGGUCUAGAGUCAAUUAGAACAGCACGAGGGGUUAAGGAGACAUCUGGGGUUGUCACACAAGUUGUCUACCAAUCCUCACAGGGCUGUAAACUGGAUCUUAACAUCGAUUGGUUGAGGUCUUCAGUGUCCACUGAACAUUUGUAAUGCUGCAAAAGUUACACUAAAUCAAUGUAAAAAUUGUUCAGCCAAAAACUGAAAAUUCUGUCAUUGCAGACUCACUGUCACAUUCAACAAUGUAAAAAAUAAUGCAGCAUGAAGUUAAAACAACUUGGUCAACCUAUUAUUUAAAGUUUUGGCUUUGAAAAGUUGACAUAAAAUCCAGUUGGAAUUGUUUAACUUUAUUUUUUAAGUUAAAGUAACACAAAAAUUUGACAAAAAUGCUGAAUAUUGUUUACAGUGACCAGUUCAACUUAAAAGUUUACACUUCAGUUUUCCAAGCACUGAAGCUGAUGGACUGUGUAAAGUGAACUGCAAAAAAUGACUUCUUACUUCUUAUAUUACGAUGCAUUUUCUUGAUGAGCAAUAUGACCUAAGAAAAUAAAUCUAGUUUUUAGAGAAAAAUAUCAAAUUUAAGUGAAUUUGUGCAUAAAAGUUUUUUUUUUUUGACUUUUUUCUUAAACAUUUAAUUCAAGAAAAAUUUACGAAAAUUGUUCUUACACUGCAAAAAAUUACUUUCUUACUUAGU